AAAUUGACAAACAACACAAAGUGAAUUUUAUAUUUGUCGUGAAAACCUUAAAACGUAAAAUACGCCAUCGCAAAUAGGAUGAGUUAAUUACAUAGCGUGGGCGAUUAACGUGCCUACUUAUGUGUGAGCACAGAGCCAAAGGGGAUAUAAGGGAUCACUGAACAGACUCGGUUGAACAGACUGCCGUAAACGUAAUACACCAAGUUGCACCAAAACAAGUCAGUGAAUUGUGGUCAAAACUGAAGAUGCAGCUAACUCAAUGUUUCAAAGUAUCAUAUUUUUGGCUGAUGUUAGGUGGAGUUUGGUAUCCUCGAUAUCUGGAUAAUACUCGUAUGAUAUAUGCAGUUAAUAUUUACAGAGUAUUUGGAACGAUUUUUAUUAAUGUCGGGAUGUUAGCUAUUCAGUUCAUAUAUUUUUUUACGGUCGUUGGUAAGGACUUGGACAAAACCGUUGACGCCACCGCCUUAUUUACGUUUAUAGGAUAUCUCUACAAAGCAAUAACUGUAAUCAAGAACCGACAAAGGAUCAACAAGCUACUAGAUAUAAUUGACAAUGAAACCGAUAAAGAAGACUUGUUACGGAACAUGGCGGCCAACAUAAAUUUUAUAUCUUAUUUCUACAACGGGUGGGCUUGCCUGACGGCGAUAAUGUGGAACCUUAUUCCGUUUACAAAAGCUACGCUCACUUUACCAUUUUACUACCCCGAUUUACCACCUUCGUCACCAUGGUUUGUUAUAUGGUAUAUAUAUCAAGCUACAAUACUGAUAAUCAACGGGGUAGCGCAAACGGGCGCAGAUCAUUUGUUCGGGGGUCUAAUGGCGUUCGCGGCGACUCAGCUAAAACUACUUCAACACAGGCUUGAAGCUAUUGGAACUAAAACUGACAGCACAGUGGAAAUAGAUGCUCAAAGAGAACAGGAAGACUAUGAGGAAACGAUUUCAUGCGUUGAAUAUCACUUAAAAAUAAUAUGGUUUGUAGAUGAACUCACGGAUAUCUUCGGAGGAGCCGCGUUUGGACAAUUUGUAUUAGCUGCACCGCUGUUAUGCUUAUCAAUGUUUAUUAUUAUGACCAGCAGUGAUGUGACAGAGAUAGUGACCAGGAUUUUAUAUUUUGGAUGCCUAUCAGGUCAACUUUUUAUUUAUUGUUUCUGUGGGAAUCUGAUAAAGACGCAGAGUGACCUCGUGGCAACAGCAGCAUACAACAGUCAUUGGACGUCCACAUCUUUGCGUACCCAGAAGGCUCUCCACCUACUCGUUAUCAGAGGCCAGAAAACUAUCUCUGUGGUGGCAGGCAAUCUAUUCGAACUUUCUCUGGUCACAUUUGGCGCGUUAUUGAAAUCAUCGUAUUCGUUUUUCGCGGUUUUGAGUAAACAACGCGAUGAAUAAAAGAAGAUAUCCAUAGGUUUUAGUCAUACUAAUAUAUAGGUAAUAUUACAUUAGGGGGAAUGUAGUGCAAAAUAGUACUUUUAAUAUUCGCUUUUAUAAUUUAUCACUUCUUUGACCGCUAAGGAGCAAACGGCAAACACAUAUGUACAAUUAGGUAGAGUACCUACACAGUGGAACUGAUUACAAUAUUUUUAAUA